UCGCCGCCAACACUCGAUCCUACCUGGCCGCGCCGUGAGCAUACAGCCAGCGUCGUCGUUUCGCCGCCAGCCAUCAUUUGCCUUAUCAGCAGUCGGCUGCCCACGCGUCCGAUGUUAGGCGGGGCGGGCGGACUCUCGCCGUUGCUAGGAGACCAGGUGGUGGCCAUGGCGACAGAGAUCACAGAUACUCCGGACAUGGUCUGGCAGGACAUUGAGCACGUGCUGCUCAGCGACAGUAUGGAGAAGCCCGCUCCGGCGGCGGCGCCGUCGCCCCCGACGCAGGCGCCGCCCGCGUCGCCGCCGACGCUGGCCAGCAGCUACGCGGCCGCCUCUUGGGCCGAGUACCCACAGCAGUGGUCGGCAGGCGGUGAGUGGCUUCACUACUUCGCCGACAACGCGCUCAGCAGCCGAGUGGACGGCUUCGGCGGAGCUCAGUCGGCGCUGACGGAGGCCCAGAAGAUAAAACUGGAGGCGGGCUGGCCGGGCCCGGCCGGCUCACCACAGUCGGCCAGGCAGCAACUGGAGGCCGCACACGGCUAUGGAGAGAUGUUCUACGGCGAUAACGGCUGCAUGAGCGGCUACAUGUCUCCCCCGGUGACGCCCGAGAACCGGCUCAAGUGGCAUCAUCAGCAGCAGCAUCACCAACAGCAGCAGCAGGCGCAUCAGCAGCAGCAGGCGCACAAGGGCUUCAGCGGCUACUACCCGACGGCCGGCGCGGCGUGCGGCAUGCACACCAACGGCCUGGUGACGCCGCCCUCGUCACCGCAGUUCCUCGCCAACGGCGGCUACCUGUCGGCGGCCCCGGCGGGCACCCCGACCAGCCUGCACGCGCUGCCGCCGGCCGCCAAACCGCGCCGCCGCCGGACCUGGGCCAAACGGAAGGUCAUCAUCCACACCUGCGCCCACCCGGGCUGCACCAAGACAUACACCAAGUCCUCGCAUUUGAAGGCGCAUCAGAGGACGCACACGGGGGAGAAGCCGUACCAGUGCACGUGGAAGGGCUGCGGCUGGAAGUUCGCCCGCUCGGACGAGCUGACGCGCCACUACCGCAAGCACACGGGCGACCGGCCGUUCCAGUGCCGGCUGUGCGAGCGGGCGUUCUCGCGGUCGGACCACUUGGCGCUGCACAUGAAGCGCCACGCCCAGAUGUGAGCCUGUGCGCCUCUGUCCCCACGCAGCCGGCAGCCCUCCACUCAUGAAAUCUAGUCAUCCGCGCGUCGCAUUCUGUCAGUAUUAUGUAACGACGCGACGAGCGACCGACGAGUGUGUGUCCUCUCUGUCCCCACCGUGCAAUUGUUUGAGAUCGUGUACAAGGAAUGUCGACUGCGAUAAGGACGGCGCACGAAACGCCGCUGUCACCGCUAUGAUCGCUUCCAGACUUCGAAUUUUGACCUCCCGUGACAUGUUUGUACAUUGUUAUUUGUAUAAAUACAUAUCAUUUGUAAUAAGUCA